AUGUUGUCGAAGCCCACUCAGGAACAGUCCCUCCUCUGGUGGAUCUCCGGCGACGUCGAGGACUCCUCUUUUGGUUUCAAACACCUCCUUCAGAGCAACAACAGCAACAACAAUCCUUUGGAUUUUGAUGGCAAUGGCGGCGGUGGAGGGUUAGGGAUUGUUGAACAGGGGAAUGGGUUUGAUUCAAUUGGGGUAAUUGGAGCUGGGGUUUCCAGCAUUGGUCACAAUUUGGGGGCUUUCCCUGAUUCCGGGUUCCUCGGAGCUAAUGGGAAUGGCAGAAAUGCUGGGGGUUUUGUGUCUCCCAGCUCUUCUUCUUCAUCUGGGUUGGUUCAUUUCAAACCUAAUAAUAAUAGCGUUGGCAAUAAUCUUCCUUCUGCCAUGCUUUAUCAUCAUCAGCAGCAUCCACAACAGCAGCAGGAGGAGAAGCCACAUAUUCUGCAUCCUAUGAUGAACCAACAACUGAUCAAGCGCCAAACUUUUUCAUGCCUCUGCCAUUUUAGAAUCAUCAUCAGCUUCCUCAACCCAAGAGGCAGAAUUCUGGUGGUGGGAUGGAACCCAUUUCUCAAAUGA